AUGUCUUAUGAUCCAUAUGGAGAACGUAAAAAUGCAGGAUUGCAAGGGAACUUAAGAAGAGCUAUUAAUGCUAUUAAAAGUGAUGAUUUAAACAGUUUCAUCAACUGUACAAGGUCAUUCAAUAUGAAAUCAACUUUUGACUUUGUUACAACAGAAGAUAAGCUAGUACUUCAAACCGGUGCAGUUGUAAUUCAGGUAAUGCAAGGAGCUACUCUACUGCACAUUGCCGUUUGGUAUUCAGCUCAUCGGAUAAUUGAACACAUUUUAAAGGAGGAUGCAGCCAACUUAAUCGAUUGUAAAACAAUAGAAGGUUUUACUCCAUUGCACGUUGCUGCUGGCGUUGGGGAUUUCAUAGCAGUUGAAAUGUUAUGUAAAGCUGGAGCUAAUCUUGAAAUUACGGAUACACAUGGUAGAAAUGCACUGCAUCAUGGUAUAGUUAGUGAUCCGCAAACAGCUGCUCUACUCUGUUCCUACAAUAAAGACCUUGUCAUUGUUUCAGAUUCUAAAUAUCAAACUCCUGUCCAUUAUGCCAUGGAUCCAACACGUUCAGCCUGCUACGAAUUUUUGUCUUUAUUGUAUACAAAAAUUAUGAGUACUGAAGAAGAACAGAUAGGUAAAGCAGAAGAAACUAUGGACGAUAAUAAAAAAACGUGCAUAACAUGGAUUCCACUGAAUAUUAAAACUCCUGUCUGCGUAAAUCCAUCGAAAAAUCCUGUUUUUCCUGAGCUUUGUGUUUGCAAUACGCCAAUGAAUCAACAUGAUGUUAUUUCAAAAAAUCCUCAAUUUAUCGAAGCUCUUAAACGACAAAAUAUACAAUAUUAUGAGCUACCAACAGACACAUAUGGUGAUAUUGAAAUAUUCAGUGGUGCAUACGCGCAUAAUUUCGUCAGAGUUUCAGAUGAAACAAACACUGAUCAAAUUAUUAAUUUGUUCACAAAAGUAUGGAAAUUACCUCGUCCACAGUUAAUAUUAAGCUUUUAUGGUGAUUACGCUGAUGCAGCACACACUCGCGAGAGAAUACGUCGAUUAAUUUGGAAAGUUAGUGAAUCUACAAAGACAUGGGUUAUAACUGAUGGUAUGAAAAGUAACUUGUCUGUAAUAGCUAGUGGAGCAGUUAGAGAUUACAUUCAAGCUUAUGGUGAAGGUCAAGUUGAAUGCUUGGGAAUAGUACCAUGGAAGUUUAUUUCAGAUAACAAAGUCUUUACAACAAAUUCUUAUUCAGGAUGUUUUCCAGCCUCAUUUUCUUCCGAUGCAACAGAAUCGAAGAGCCAUUUCAUUUUAGAUCCCAAUCCUACGCAUUAUAUUUUUGUGGACACAGCUAAACAGGCAACAACGCACUACGAAUAUAACUACAGGUCAAAAAUAGAACUAGCACUAAAAAGGUGGCAAGUUCAAUCUCAGGAUCCAGAGCAGAUUUUAGCCGAGGCUCCAAUUCAAAUAUGUGCAUUUCUUGCUGGUGGAGAUGAAUCUACUCUUAAAGCUGUAUACGGAUCAAUGCAAAACAGAAUUCCUAUUGUGCUGCUACGAGGUACAGGAAAAUUAGCAGAUAUUAUAACUCAGUGUAUGGAAGACACUGAACUUGGAUCUAAGGCAACAUACAAAAAAGCGAUAAGUGAAGGUGCAAAGGGCAUAGAAGGUUUUCAGCUGUCACCAGCGAAUAUUAGACAAACUCUGGAAUAUUAUUGGGAUAAAGUAGCUCAUCCAGAAUUGAGUGUACUUAUGAUGCAAGAGAUUUUGAAUAAACCAUUUCUAUUCAGUGUUUGUGAAACAGACCAUGAUGACGAAGCUGGAGAGCUGGAUUAUCAUCUUUUAUCUUUGCUAAUGAAUCCUGCUAUUAUGGAAAAUUACAAAGCGGAUGAAUUAAAUGAAACUUUACUUUCUAUUGCUAUUGCUAUGAAUCGGGGUGAUAUUGCAAGGGAUAAAGUAUUCAUUGAAGGCGCCAAAUGGGAUGACGCAAAACUAGUUAAACAUAUGAAUGCAUUGUUACUAACUAACAAAGUACAAUUGAUUCGGGUAUUUAUUGAAAAAGGAUUUUCACUAUCAAAUUAUUUGAAUACAGAUAAUCUCCAACUGCUCUAUACUAAAUCAGUUCACAGUGAACACCCAGGAGAAACUCUGAUUAACGUGAUCCGUGCAUUUGCGAAGAUUCCAGAUAAGAUAACUCUUUAUCUAAUUGGUCGUGCUCUUCGUGAACUAAUCGGUAGACAGUUCAGUCCAACUUAUAUGUCACCAAAUUUUCUAUUGGUUACUAGUGCAGUACCAGAAGCACAAUUAUUCGAAAAUCCUGCAACUGAUUUAUUCAUAUGGUCUUUGCUGACUGAACGCUCUGAAUUGGCUGAUUACUUUUGGACAUUAGUUCAAGAUCCACUUCCAGCAUCGUUGUUUGCUGCGCUAAUCUUACGACGUUUAGCAAUGAAUGCAACAUCUUUAGUGACUAGAGAAGCAAUGUUUCAGUAUUCACGGAGUUUUGAAACAAAAGCCUACAGUUUAUUAACUGAAUGUUAUAAUGACAAUCAGAGUCUUUCAUUUAAAACUAUUGUUCUUGAAAGAAAGCUAUUCGGACAUAUGUCAUGCCUUAUGUUGGCUGCUGAAGGAAAAUCAAUGAGUUUUAUAUCACAUCAAUGCUCUGAACAAUAUCUUGAACGUGUAUGGAAUGGAGCAAUUGACCCAAGAUCAGGAAUGUUCCCAUUUGUUGUUGCAUUGAUCAUAGGUAUUAUUCUACCUCCAUUGGUACCUUUAUCAUUGAAAUUUCGACAUCAUGAUAAUCCGGAUGAUAAAUUUGAAUAUGACAGAAAACCCAGGAAAUCACAAGAUAGAAAAUCAUCACUAGAUAGUAAAAGAAUUCAGAGUGAUUCUUCACAACGUUCCAAGAAGUCAAUAUCUACUUACUUUCAGAAGCUUAAGGGAUUUUAUGUUUCCCCGUGUGUACGCUUCUCAUAUACAACACUGUCCUAUGUCGCAUUUCUGUGCUUUUUUACCUACGUAUUACUAUUUUCUACAGAACUUAUUCUACCUAUAGUAUCAAUUGAGGGUACUAUUUUAUAUAUUUGGGUAAUUUCAUUUGUUGCUGAACAUAUAAGGCAGGGAAUGUUUGGAGAAAUACCAUUUAAAAUAUAUCUGGCUAAAUUAUGGAAGUGUUUAGAAGUGAUGGCUAUCAUUUUAUUUUUUCUUGGUGGAGCAUUACAAUUAUUAGUAUUAACAGAAGAAUCAGAGAGAUUAUCCUUUACACCUGUGAAUCCAGUCAGUGCAAUUCAAGAAGCUUUAACUCAAUUGUCAAGAAUAUUUUUUGGACUUUCCUUAUGUAUAUUCUAUCAUCGUAUUUUAGAACUAUUUACAGUAAAUAUACGUUUAGGUCCUAUGGUUAUUAUGGUUCAAUCUAUGAUUGUUCGUGAUUUAAUCCCAUUUUUGGCUGUAUUCACUGUUGUAAUUACUGGAUUCGCUAUAUUACAAUGGGUGACAGCGUUUAAAUCAACUGCCAGCCUUAAUCCAAUAGUGAAUAUUUAUACUAUAUUUAAAGCAUUACAAGUGGCUUAUUUUCAAGUAUUCGGUGAAUAUGAAAUGGACACUUUAACUGGUGAAACUUUACUGGAUUCAUGCAAAGAGAGCAAAGUUAACUGUCCAGGAGGUUGGUCUCGCUGGCUACCACCAAUUCUUCUCGGUGUUUAUGUCAUACUUACACAAGUCUUGUUAUUGAAUCUGGUUAUUGCUAUGUUUGCAUCAACUUAUAUGCGAAUUGAAUCAGCGUCUACCAAGUAUUGGGCAUUACAAAGAUAUCAAAUAAUAGGUGAAUAUGUGAAUCGUCCACCACUUCCACCUCCGUUAAACUUAAUCUGGUAUAUUUAUGCAAUAAUACGCUAUUUAAUAGGAUGUUGUAGAAAGAAGCCAAGAAAAAUUCGUCAUCCAUUUAGUCAUAACCUUUCUCUACUUGAAAAACGUCCGAAAAAAUCUUUCGAACCUGGAUCACCACAAGAAAUUCGUCUUAUACAUUGGGAAAGAUUACGUUUCUGGGAUUAUGACAGAUAUGUUAUUCAGGGUAAAAGACGCAGACAUGCAGCUGGUUCAAGAUCAGUCAGUGUAAGAACCACUGUAAUGCAUGCCCCAUCAUAUGGUGAACCAUCAUCAGAACUCUCUACCGCCAUACAAACAUAUCAUCAAACAACACAAGAAUUUUUAACAAGAGUUGAAGUUAGAACAGAACGACUCAAAGUUAUUGAAGAAAAAGUUGAUAGAUUAUUAAAAUUAUUAAAAGAUUUCAAAGGACAGCCAUUCGUCAUUGGGCAACCACUGAAAGCAGCACCGAUCGGUAUGGAUCAAACUUAUGAUUCGAGAAUUGACAGAAUACUUGCAGAGGUAGAAAGGCAGCAGACUGCUAGAAUGAAAUCACCUGAUCAAAUUGUACCUAGAGUCAUACAGACAGCCAAAGGUAGUCAAAUGCUUGUUUUUGAGAAAAAUAUGCAUCGAUUUGCUGCAUUUGUACCACCGACAGCAGAUCGUACACCUCGUCUUUUUCCAACUCCAAUAUCAUGGGAGAAACAAAUACAAACUCCUCUGUAUUUGGGCUGGAAGCCACCAGUUUACUCAAUUGAAGGCUGGACUGAAGCAAAUGAUUUCAAUGCACUACCAGAAGAAAGAAAACGACAACUGCGAACACAAUUACCGCAUGUACCUGCACCAGAUCCUGUUACUGGUCUUCCUAGAAAUCCUGGUGGACGUACAGCCCUUAUAUUUUUGGUGACAAAAGUUUCAUAUAGUAAUCCAUCUGGAUCAGGUGAAACAUCCGGUGAUCCAUUUAAGUUUAUUGGCUUUAAGAAUCCAUUAUGCUCACAACUACCAUGGUUUUUGGUUCAACAUCCCAGUGAAUGUAGACAAGAACAAUGUACAAAAGAAAUGAUCGAGAUAGUUAUAACCAGUCGUAUGAGACAAUUAAUCCGAUUACAUCCAGAAAAUCAAUCAAUUAUACAAGAAACUGUGAAUAAGUUGAAAAAAAUAUCUGCAACAAUUAUUCACAGUGGUUACAUAGAUGAUUCAAUUAAUACAGAUCAUGCUUGGAUAGAACCGGUUGCCACCCACAUACAUAUUCCCACUAUAGAAGCAGAUGAUUACACAUUACUACAGCUAUUCUCUGUGGAAGGAGUCCAUCUGACAUGGUUAAAUCCAACUGAAACAGUAGGUAUGCGAAAAAGUCAUAAAAAAAUACUUCGAAGAGGUGAGAAAUCAUUUAGACCAUCAAGAAAGGAUGGAACAAGAUCACGAAAAGAGGUUAAAUUUGAUAGAAGAACAGAAUAA